CCGGACAAUGCACCAGGCUGGCCACUACUCCUGGCCUUCUCCAGCUGUGAACAGUUCAUGGGGGCAGGAGCCCCAGAGGCAGCUUCCGGAGGUGCUAGGUGGCACCUGGGAACCACCUCGAGGUGAUGGGCUGCACAUAGUCACCGUCAUCGUCACUAUCUUUGUUCUGCUGGCAGUCUGCAUCGUGGUGGCAGUCCACUUUGGGCCAAGGCUGCACCAGGGCCAUGCCACACUCCCUACAGAGCCACCAUCCCCAAAGCCAGAGGAUGGCAUCUACCUCAUCCACUGGCGGGUGCUGGACCCCCAAGACAGUCCUGAAGAAGCACCGCAGGGCCCUCUUGUCCCUGGCUCCUGCCCUGCGCCAGAUGGACCCAGGCCCAGCAUCGAUGAAGUCACACAUCUGUAG